UGAUGGGUGGGCGAGGGCUCGCUCCCCGCUUGUAAUGUGUGUUAAAUUGCAAUUAACUACGUAGCAGCUAGUUGUGCGCGUGUGUGCGUUUUCGCGGUGUGUUAUUUAGAGCCAGUUGCAGCUAUGCCCCCAAACUUUUGAGUGUGUUGGUGCGAGUGGGCGUGUAUGCGCCACAGAAAAUGGGGAACCCGUGCCCGAAACAGAGGUCAAAAGUGUAAACGCGGAGCUCGCGCGAGGCAAGGUCAAAUGCGAUAGCGAUGGAGUAGAUGAGCUUGUUUUGGCUUUCAGUUUAUUAGGAGGAAAAUAAAAAUAACGCUGGUAUUGCGUCCCACAAGGGCAUAUGUAGUGGUGCUGCUUGCUAGGCAUGCUCUUCAGGCAUUCCUCGUUCCCAUGCUGAUAAGAGUGAGAGAGGGACGGAGGCAGAAAGAGCGCGUCAGCUGUUCAAUGUUUUGGUUGUGUGGAGGGCACAGGUUUCGCUUCGCAGAUUCGUUCUUUGAACAGUUUCAUUUGGAACUCUCGCCUCCACGUUUGCUUGUCGUACUGUCGUACUCUGGUAUGCGUCGUAUCCACUUGCCACGAUCCUCGACGCGCGCGUCUUUCUGAGCGUUUUUCGAUGAAAAUACAUACAGGCUGGAUCGGCGGCAGUGGCAGCGGCAGCGGCAAUUGAGUUUUCAUUAUCGGCAAUUGCGGCGGUACGGAAGCGCGGCCAACUGACGUCUCCGUCUGACGUCUGCGCCACACAGCCCGCCCACCCCUUCCGCGUGUGAGUGUGUGCGCUAUAUUUUGUUAUUAUUGAGCUGAUGACGCGUUCGUUGGCACAAGCGUUUCGCCAUAGAACCUACGGAUAAAGCCAGCUAGCCAGCUAGCUAGCCAGGCAGCUACAUUAAUUAAAGCAAACUAAACCCAAUCAAGAGUGAUGGAAAAUUCCCAGACACACGGCCAGCGCCAAGAGUUAAUUGCUAUUGCCAUACCUGAGACUGAGACAUUAAAAAAGCAUUAAAUGUGCCUCGUCACGACCGAUAAAAAGCCCGCGAAACUACAUCAACUAUUUGAAACAUCAGAGUGUGAAGCAUAUAGGGAAGCAUAGACGUCUCCCCCGCAGCUGGUGAAAAUGAUGCUUAACAAAUACGAAAGCUAUCAACACGCAAGCCAAAUGUUUCCCCAUCAAGAACAGCAGCAGCAGCAGCAGCACCCGCUGCAACAUCAGCACCAGCACCAGCAUCCGACCCUCGCCCACACCUUCCCUCAUCUUCAGUAUGGGAGCGGGAACGCGGCAGGUGGGUCUACGGGCGCCACAGAAUCGGCAGCGGACCUGUUGAAGGCCGAACGGGAGUCGAUACACUCCGGCCAGUUCAUGGUCUCGCAUUUCGAGGCCGAGGAGGCGCAAGACGAUCUCGAGGACGAUGAGGAGGUGAAAAUGCUGGACCCGGAGGAUCCCACACUGGACAAGCCCGGCGAGCCGGCCAACACCUGUCGCGACGUCCAGCUGUACGUGCCCCAAACGGUCAGCCAAAUCAAUCGCAUGGAUCAGGAGUGCGACGAGAGCAGUAUGAGCAUGAUUACAUCGCACCUGGAGAUCGAAACAUCGCUGACUAAGCUGUUCAAGUGCAUGAAUCUGGCGUACAGCCAAAAACUAACAUCCCCCAAAUGGAAUCAUUUCAAAGGAGUUCGCCUUCGUUGGAAGGACAAGAUUCGCCUCAACAAUGUCAUAUGGCGGUGUUGGCAUAUGCAGUUCAUUCAAAAGCGCAGAACUCCGGUGUGUCAAUUUGCCUCGCCGUUGGACGUUGACAUACAUAGUAAUCCUCAAACAGUUGUACUUGAGGGCAAGUAUUGGAAACGUCACUCAGCUGUAAUUAAGGCUGAAUACAGAAAAUGGCGCAAGAACUAUAGAUCAAAGGCAACCGGAUGUUUAACUUACGAUUCGAAAAGUGAGUUGGACUUUCUGGAAUGGUCGCCCCUGAACGAUAGGAAUCUUAUGAUUGACGAAUUGACAACUGACACCUUGUUCUCAGCCAUAAAUGUUCCGUUUCCCUUUCCGGAUUCUAGAGAAAUCGCACGUGGCGCAAGCAUUGCGGAUUUCAUACAGCCAAGUCUGGGCCCCCUGCAACCGAAUUUAGAUGACAUAGACGUUACUUUCUCAGAUCUGAUACCUGCUACACGAUUGCCCCCUGUUCCAGAGGAGGGCACCGAUGCCGAGAUGCUCAAGAACGACGACUACUGCCUGUCAGCCAUUGUGGGUGCCCCGCACACUCUCUACAGCAGUGACAGAAUGAUGGACGUGGUUAUCAGCAACAACAGUGGCGCCGGAGACAUCGACGCCAACAUGAUGGAGCUCAACACGCCCAUCAACACGAUGGCCUAUAAUGAGAUCGAACAAAGGUUCUCGGUGGCGCGUCAGGAGCAGCAGUCCGCCAACGAGUCCCAGUUUCUGGGGGACUCGGGCUCGUUGUCCGGUCGGAUGCACGGCAGCAGUAAGCACUUCGGGGCCAUCAACGCGGGUGACAAUACCAGCAACAGGUGCGUCAUCAACGGCCGGGUGGCUAAGAGCACACAGAGGCCCUUCCGGCGGGAGCCGCACAACUACGACAAGGCCCAGCCCACUCUGCACCAGACGAACCUCUACCAGCAGAUGCUGGCCGAGCAGCAGAAGAACCAACAGCAGCAACAUCAGUCCCAGAUGGGCGGAGGCAUUGUGUUGCAGGCAGCUUCCUUCCAGGCAUCUCAACAACAACAACAAAUAAACCAGCAACAGCAACAUUUUCCCACUCAGCAGACGAACACGUUCGCCAACCAAAGCUUUCUAAGCGGCUACACAGACAACUACCAGCAACAGCAGCAGCAGCAGCCGCUCAACGUCAAGGUGGAGCCUCUGCAGAACGAUAUGCUGUCGCUGCACAAUGACAGCGGCUAUAACUCCAUCGGCUACAAACCCUAUCCGCAAUUCAAGAAGUCUGCCUCGACAGGAACGUUUCUUAAUGUCCCCAGGCUGCCGCAACAGCAGCAGCAGCAGCAGCAAGGAUACUUGCAGCCGGAGUCGCCGCAGAUGCAGCAGUCGCUUCCCUUGGGCCUGAGUACGCAACAGUUGUUGCAGCUGUCGCGCCAGCAGCAGACAACUCCCACCCAUCAGCAACAGCACCAAUCAGCAGUGGCCUGCUUGUUGCAGCAACAGCAGCAGCAACAUCAGCAGCAGCAGCAACAACAGCAGCAGCAGCAACAUCAGCAGCAGCAGCAACACCUUCAGACCUCUGUCAGUACAGCCACUUGGGUGUCGCCAAACACCAUCUUGCCCAAAGAAAUCCAUCGCUCCAACAGCUUGCCACUAAAUGUGACUCUGAACAAACCGGCCGACGGCAGACAGCUCAUCCACGAGCAACCUUUCGCCGUGCCCAAGUAUCAUGCAAAGGGAAAGACAAGGGUGCGAAGCAACUCGAUGCACCAGCAACACACCUCUGUGGUGGCAGCAGCCAGAGCGUGUGGGUCGUCCCUGAGCUCCCACAGCUGCAGCAACUUGCUGGUCGCGGAGCCAAUGCAACCGGCCACCAGCGAUCCUAUGCUUCACAGCACUCUGGCCCAAUUGUUGACGUCAAAUUCACGUUUGCAGACAGCCGUAGCAAACAGUUCACAGUCGAAUCCAACCUCCGCUAAUGCCAUAGCCACCACUAGUACCAGCAGCAACAUGUCCCCGGCCCUCUAUGCUGCAAUAACAACGCCGCUGUCGGUGCCAGUGCCAACGCAACAACACUCACCAAAGAAGUCAGCCUCAUUGCCCAUGGCCAUAAAUCCGGCGCUGAACAGUCCACCCGGCGCAGCCAAAAUGCAGAGCUUCGGCCCAUCCAUUGGAAGUCUUGGCGGCAGUAGCCUAAGCCUAUCGCCGGAGUCACCGUUUCACGACUCCCAGGACUCGCCGCUUUCGCCGUCGGCCAGUCUAAAGUUCCAGCCGAGGGACACUCAGCGGCGGGCGGGCCAUAUCCACGCUGAGCAGAAGCGGCGUUACAACAUUAAGAACGGCUUUGACACCCUGCACGCUCUUAUUCCACAACUGCAGCUGAAUCCGACCACCAAGCUGAGCAAGGCGGCUAUGCUGCAGAAGGGCGCGGACCACAUAAAGCAAUUGCGACAGGAGCGCAGUGUGCUGAAGGACAAGAUCGAGGCACUUCGAAUUGAAAGGGAUGACCUAAACAACUCCUUAACGCACCUCCACUCCAUCCUGCCGGCAAAUGGAGCGCCUGUGACGAGACAGGGAUCUGAGCAUGUGCGGCAGCUGUACGAGAUCUAUGUGCGGUACAACACCAUGAACGACUGGAAGUUUUGGAUUUUGGGUCUCAUUCUGGAGCCACUGCUUGCCUCGUAUACUUCGACGGUUUCAAGUGCCAGUCUGGACGAACUCCGCCGGACUGCCUUCUUGUGGGUGGAUCAGCACUGUUCCCUCAUUGAUCUGCGACCCGCUGUUACAAAUAAAUUGAAGUACCUAUCGAUGCACACAGACAUCGUGUCAGAGCCGCCAAGCACCUUGCAAGAAGAGGUUACCAAGGCCUUGCAGAACUCAAGUGGACAGCAUCCAAACCUACAUGGCUAAUACUGUUGAUGCUCCUGUCCGUGAUAAGAAUUUAUUCAGUCUUUUUUUUAGAAAUAAAUGCUACAAAUUGUUUGGUUUAUUUGCUCGCCGAAAUUCAUUAUGAAUUCAUGUACAAAAAAAAAAAAAAUGAAUGUUAGAAAGAUUUUUAUACAAGAGAUUGGCAGCUGCCAUUAUUACGCAAAGCAGCAGAUAGUGCCUACCAUUUUGACAUAAGGGUAAAAUAAAUACAGAAUUUUACAAAUUUAAUAAAAAA